CGCCUGCGUGUGUAUUUGUGUGUGUGUACGCACGCAUGUGAGGGCGUGUUAAUCCGCACACAGAACCCAUCAGCAUCAACCCCCCCAUUCCUCCCCUCACUUAGACACUUCCAGCUGGUGGCGAAGGAUCCGCGCGUAAGAUUCUCCAUCCCAGCUGCCCUCCACCCAUUCUCUUUCUCUCAUCCCAUCCCUCUCUCCGCUGCGCUCCGUCCCGGCUGACUGCACGGCGGGGAUGGGUUCAGGUAGGGCCAGAAGAACCCAGGAAAAGAGGAAAGCACCGUCUCCUUGAACCGUUCACAAAUGCAGAUUCCCAGCCUCAGCUCUCCGGUGGCUGCUCACAGGAACACAUAGACUCUACAGAGGGUGUCUGAGAGAGAUUUUUUUGUCUUUGUGCUUCAGAGGAAUCUGCUCAGUCUUUAUUGACUGAGAGACACUUUAUGAAAGGAUAUCUCACUUGAGCUUUGCAUCAUGGCACACGCAGCAUCCCAGCUGAAGAAAAAAGCAGAUUUGGAACUUACAGCUGCCGAGGAAGAGAAGGAGAAGAAGAAGAAGAAGCCCAGAAAAAGGUCCCGGGAUCCAAAGAAAAAGACUGACAGUAAUGCCAGUUACCUCAGAGCGGCCCGAGCUGGAAACCUUGAGAAGGCCCUUGAUUAUAUAAAGUCUGGUGUGGACAUCAACAUCUGCAAUCAGAAUGGGUUGAACGCUCUUCAUCUAGCAUCUAAAGAAGGCCAUGUGGAGGUUGUGGCUGAGCUUAUUAAACUUGGUGCCGCUGUGGAUGCAGCAACAAAGAAAGGAAACACCGCUCUGCACAUAGCAUCACUCGCUGGACAGGCGGAUGUUGUCAAGGAACUCGUGAAUAGUGGAGCAAAUAUCAACGCACAGUCUCAGAAUGGCUUCACACCACUCUACAUGGCUGCCCAGGAAAACCACCUGGACGUUGUCAAAUUCCUCCUGGAUAACGGAUCCAGUCAGAGCAUUGCCACAGAGGAUGGUUUUACUCCACUGGCUGUAGCUCUUCAGCAAGGUCAUGAUCAGGUGGUGUCUCUGCUCCUGGAGAAUGACACCAAGGGGAAGGUACGACUACCUGCCCUGCAUAUCGCCGCCCGUAAGGACGAUACUAAAGCAGCGGCACUGCUCCUGCAGAACGAUCACAAUGCAGAUGUCGAAUCCAAGAUGAUGGUGAAUAGAACGACAGAGAGUGGCUUCACCCCUCUCCACAUAGCAGCUCACUACGGUAAUAUCAACGUAGCGACCCUGCUCCUGAACCGCGGGGCUGCUGUAGACUUCAAGGCGAGGAACGACAUCACGCCUCUCCAUGUGGCAUCAAAAAGAGGAAAUGCCAACAUGGUCAGGCUGCUGCUGGAGAGAGGAGCCCGAAUUGACGCCAAAACCAAGGACGGCCUGACACCUUUACACUGUGGAGCGAGGAGCGGUCAUGAGCAAGUAGUUGAGAUGUUACUGGAUCGUGGAGCACCCAUCCUCUCUAAGACAAAGAACGGCCUUUCACCAUUGCACAUGGCCACGCAAGGAGACCAUCUGAACUGCGUUCAGAUUUUGCUUCACCAUGACGUGCCCGUGGACGACGUCACCAAUGAUUAUCUGACAGCCCUGCACGUCGCUGCACACUGUGGACACUACAAAGUUGCCAAGGUCCUUGUGGACAAGAAGGCCAAUCCUAAUGCCAAAGCACUGAAUGGUUUUACACCACUUCACAUCGCUUGCAAGAAGAACAGGAUUAAAGUGAUGGAGCUGCUGCUGAAACACGGAGCGUCCAUUCAGGCUGUGACUGAGUCUGGACUCACGCCGAUUCAUGUGGCUGCUUUUAUGGGCCAUGAAAACAUUGUGACUCAGUUGACAAAUCAUGGAGCGUCUCCUAACACGAUGAAUGUGAGGGGAGAAACGGCGCUCCAUAUGGCUGCCAGGGCAGGACAGGCGAACGUGGUGAAAUUCCUGGUGGCGAAUGGAGCAGAUGUGGACGCCAAAGCCAAGGACGAUCAGACCCCGCUGCAUAUAUCAAGUCGUCUAGGAAAGCCAGAGAUAGUCCAGCAGUUGGUGCAACACGGGGCUUCACCCGACGCCACCACCACAUCCGGAUACACGCCGCUCCACCUGGCUGCUCGCGAUGGCCACAAAGACGUGGCAUCCAUCCUGCUGGACAACGGAGCAUCUCUUGGCAUCACUACCAAGAAAGGAUUCACUCCCCUGCAUGUUGCAGCCAAAUACGGGAAGAUUGAAGUUGCUAAUUUACUGCUACAGAAGCAAGCGGCACCUGACGCAGCUGGAAAGAGUGGACUAACACCACUGCAUGUUGCUGCACACUACGAUAACCAGAAAGUGGCCCUUCUUCUGUUGGACCAAGGAGCGUCUCCGCAUGCUGCAGCGAAGAAUGGCUAUACUCCACUGCACAUAGCUGCCAAGAAGAACCAGAUGGAGAUCGCGACCACACUGCUCGAGUAUGGAGCAGAUACCAACGCCACAACACGCCAGGGCAUCAGUCCUCUCCACCUUGCAGCCCAGGAGGGCAACGUUGACAUGGUCACGCUCCUGCUCGCCCGUGAAACUGCCAUCAAUCUGGGAAACAAGAGUGGACUGACCCCUCUUCACUUGGCGUCUCAAGAGGACAGAGUCAAUGUAUCAGAAGUGCUGGUUAAUCAAGGUGCCACAGUGGACCCAGAGACUAAGAUGGGAUAUACGCCUCUGCAUGUGGCCUGUCACUAUGGCAAUAUAAAGAUGGUGCACUUCCUCCUGAAGAACCAGGCUAAAGUCAAUGCCAAAACUAAGAAUGGAUACACACCUCUUCAUCAGGCUGCUCAGCAGGGUCACACACACAUCAUUAACCUUCUGCUGCAACACGGAGCCUCUCCUAAUGAGCUGACAGUGAAUGGAAACACUGCCUUAGCUAUCGCCAGGCGCCUGGGUUACAUCUCUGUGGUUGACACGCUCAAAGUCGUGACAGAGGAGACGCACACUACUGUGACGGUGACGGAGAAACAUAAAUUAAAUGUUCCAGAAACGAUGAACGAGGUUUUGGACAUGUCAGAUGAUGAAGGUGAGGAUGCAAUGACAGGAGAAACGGACAAGUACCUGGGACCGCAAGAUCUGCGAGAGCUCGGAGACGACUCUCUCCCUCAGGAAGGAUACGUGGGAUUCAGUGUUGGAGCCCGUACGGCCAGCCUGCGCUCCUUCAGUUCGGAUAGGUCCAAUACACUCAACCGGAGCUCCUUCGCCCGUGACAGCAUGAUGAUUGAAGAGAUCCUGGCGCCAAGCAAGGACACGCACCUGGCUUUAGCAAAAGAUUACAACGCAGACUCAAUGAGACGCUAUAGCUGGACGCCGGACACUCUGGACAACGUGAACAUGGUCUCCAGCCCCGUCCAUUCAGGGUUUUUGGUGAGCUUCAUGGUGGACGCCCGUGGCGGUUCCAUGCGAGGAAGUCGCCACAAUGGCAUGCGCAUCAUCAUCCCGCCUCGCAAGUGCACCGCGCCAACCCGUAUCACAUGCCGUCUGGUCAAGAGACACAAGCUGGCAUCUCUGCCACCCAUGGUGGAAGGAGAAGGGCUGGCGAGCCGGCUAGUGGAGGUGGGCCCAGCGGGGGCUCAGUUUCUGGGCCCUGUGAUUGUGGAGAUCCCUCAUUUCGGCUCCAUGAGGGGGAAAGAGCGAGAGCUCAUUAUGCUCAGGAGCGAAAACGGUGAGACCUGGAAAGAGCAUCAUUAUGACAGCAAAUCUGAAGACCUCAGUGAGCUCCUCAAUGGCAUGGAGGAAGAGCUUGAAAGUACAGCAGAGCUGGAAAAGAAGCGUAUCUGCCGGAUCAUCACCAAGGACUUCCCACAAUACUUUGCGGUGGUAUCACGGAUCAAGCAGGAGAGUAACCAGAUGGGUCCAGAUGGAGGGGUCCUGUCCAGCAUGACAGUCCCUCAGGUCCAGGCCUCAUUCCCUGAGGGUGCGCUCACCAAGAAGAUCAGAGUUGGACUGCAGGCUCAGCCUGUUCCAGAUGAUGCUGUGAAGAAGAUCAUAGGAAAUCGUGCCACCUUCAGCCCAAUAGUGACAGUAGAGCCUCGCAGGAGGAAGUUCCAUAAGCCCAUUACCAUGAUCAUACCCGUGCCUCCGCUCUCUGGAGAAGGCGUGGUGAAUGGCUACAAAGGAGACCCAACACCAAGUCUACGCCUGCUCUGCAGUAUAACUGGUGGCACAUCGCCAGCUCAGUGGGAGGACAUCACUGGCACUACACCUCUUACUUUUAUGAAUGACUGUGUGUCCUUCACCACAAACGUGUCUGCCAGGUUUUGGCUUGCAGACUGCCAUCAGAUCCCAGAGACUGUAGGUUUGGCAACGCAGCUCUACAGGGAGCUCAUCUGUGUGCCUUACAUGGCCAAGUUUGUAGUGUUUGCUAAAAUGAAUGACCCUGUGGAGUCCAGCCUGCGGUGCUUCUGCAUGACAGACGAUAAAGUAGACAAAACCCUGGAACAGCAGGAGAACUUUGAGGAGGUGGCCAGAAGCAAAGACAUUGAGGUGCUGGAAGGGAAGCCCAUCUACGUGGACUGCUAUGGCAAUUUGGCCCCUCUGACCAAAGCCGGACAGCAGCUGGUUUUUAACUUCUAUGCUUUCAAAGAAAACAGACUCCCGUUCUGUGUGAAGGUCAGAGACAGCAGUCAAGAGCCGUGUGGCCGUCUGUCCUUCCUCAGAGAGCCCAAAACUUCCAAGGGUCUGGCUCAGACUGCUAUUUGUAAUUUAAACAUCACACUGCCAGGAUUCAAGAAGGAUGUGGAUUCAGAUCCUGAGGAAGAGACUGAAAAGCCAGAACGACGUCAUACCUUUGCAUCUCUAGCCUUACGUAAGCGCUACAGCUAUCUGACCGAGCCUGGAACGAAAACAGUUGAACGAAGUACAACAAGAACACUGCCUGCUGGUUACGCUCACAAACCUGUCUUUUCAACAAGAUCUUACCAGGCAUGGUCGACUGCUCCUAUUACCAUCCCUGGGCAAACAAAAUGUGGACUGGGUUCCCUCUCCAGUUCACCUUCCAACACGCCAUCUGCUUCGCCACUAAAGUCCGUGUGGUCCAUUUCCUCUGCUUCUCCAAUCAAGUCCACCCUAGGAACAUCAAAUGCUUCCCCUGCAAAAUCAGUUAGCGAUGUAGCAUCACCCAUUAGAACAUACAGAUCUAUGUCAUCUCCAAUAAAGACUGUGGUUCAACAACCCCAAAACCAAGUUCAAAUUUCCUCCAGCCUCCUGUCUUCGCCGGGUAAAACCAGCACAGAUCCAGUGUCCAUUAAGGGGCUCGCUGCUUCAUUGUCCUCAAGAGCUAACUUGAUUUCAUCACCUGGAUCCAUGCUAGACAGAACUUUCUCCACAGCGACGCAAGCUGAUUCUAUAAAGUCUACCACAAAUACAUACAUGUCUUUAUCAUUCAAAUCCACCCUGGCCCCCACAAAUAUAGCAGUGUCCUUUCCCAUUCGAAACAUAACAAGCUUGUCCUCUAUUAAAACAACCACAGAUGCAGCUAGGGGUACAAUUCUGUCAUCGCUUUCUUCAUCAGCUAAGCCUACAAUAUCCAGUACUGAAACAGUCCUGUUAAACGGAUCCAUUUCACCGAUAAAAUACCCCUCGUCCUCCACUACAUCUUCCCGUCUGUUCACAGGAGGGGCUUACAGCUUACAAGAACGGAUACAGGCCACAACGCAAGCAGCUACGGCCAGUGUUGGUGCAGUCUUCAGUGAGGCUGAGAGAACACUUACUGCUGGGUCAACGUCAAGCUAUAGUGCGCUAAAAUCUGUAUCUUCACCUUUGAGAUCAAACUUAUCAAGUUCUGUUUACGAUACCCUUAGAUCACCAGCCACCACCACCACAUCAGUGUCAUCCAUUUCCAUGUCUGUUCCAGUAUUCUCCGUGGUCAAUGUGCUCCCUGAACCCCAGGGCAAGAAACUCCCAGAAAAAAUAACAAUCACACCUCAGACACACACCCAAGCACAGUCCUCUACGUCACGAAUUAAACCCUCAAAACCCUCACUUUUUAUUUCCCCAACAGUCCUCAAAGCAGCUGCCGCACCCACACUGACAUCCAGUCAAGAGAUUCUUAAGGACGUAGCAGAUAUGAAAGAAGAUCUGAUAAGAAUGACUGCAAUCUUACAAACGGACUCAUCCUCAUCCACAGCCAAAAGCUUCCACUCGCAUGUUUCUAAAGAAUCCAAGAUGGAGGAUGAAGAGCCUUUCAGUUUGGUUGAGAAAGUUAAAGAGGACCUUGUCAAAGUUAGUGAAAUUCUCACAAAAGAUGUCCUGAGUGAAGCCAAAAGCGCAAGUAAAGACAGGGCCUCAGAGGAUGAAUGGGAAGAGUUCUCCAAAGAUGAAAUUGAGGAGGCAAGACAGAGUGCCCUGCGUUCCCUGCCAACAUUUGAACCAACCCUUCCUGUUGGGCCACAGUCAGUGCCAGACAAAGAUCUUAAUUUAGCUAAAGUGGUUGAUUACUUAAUGAAUGAUCUUGGUGCCAGUUCCCUUUCAAAAAUAGCUGAUGUAAAGAGCAGAUAUGAUGAAAUAAGGAAGGAAGGGGAGGAAAAACAGAAGCGUACUAUAAAACCAGAGCACAAGCUCAAAAUGCCACCCACAGGUAUGCGGACCUCUCCCUCAGAGAAAGACUUGAGUAAAUUAGCUGACUCCUAUAGUGGCGGCACAGAUGCUAUCCUGGAAUCUCCUGAUGACUUUUCCCAUGAACAAGACAAGAGUCCCCUCUCAGAUAGUGGUUUUGAAACCAGAAGUGAAAAGACCCCAUCAGCUCCUCAAAGUGCAGAGAGCACAGGGCCCAAGCCCCCCUUCACAGAUGUGCCUAUUCCCCCUGUCAUAACAGAAACCAGAACUGAGGUUGUUCACGUCAUCAGGAGCUAUGAACAUCCUGAGGAGGUCUGUGAGCCACUAAUGGAUGAGGCAGCGGCUUUGAAGCCUCCGGUUGAGCCUGAGCCAGUCGUUAGCUCGAUCAAAGAUAAGGUAAAGGCCUUGCAGAUGAAAGUCAGCUCUGAGGAACUGGCAUGCGUCAAAGAAGAAACUCAUAUCACCACUACAACUCGAAUGGUCUACCACAAACCUCAGCUGAAAGAUGUUGGCUCUGACAGAAUCGAUGAAACAAUGUCAGUCCGAGACUUAAUGAAAGCUUUUCAGUCUGGAAGGGACCCUUCCAAAGAAUUUGCUGGUUUAUUUGAGCACAAAGCUGGCCAAGAUGCCAUUAAAGGAGAUGAGCUGUCCCCACGGUUCCUCGAAAAGGACAAAAAACCCAAAGUUGAGAGAAUUAUAGAGGUGCACAUAGAAAAGGGCAACACAAGUGACCCGACAGAAGUUAUAAUCAGAGAGACUAAAAAGCAUCCAGAGUUUAUAUGCAAGAGUGACCGAGGUCUCAAGGAGCUUGUUGAAAGGGUUGAUGGCGAUUAUGAGGUUCUUCAAGAUGAGGAGGAACUUAAUGCUGAGGAAUCACUGCCAUCCUUCUUAGACACAUCUAGAGUCAAUACGCCUGUUUCUCAAGAGGAAGAGUCUCGUCCCAGUUCAGCUCAGCUUAUUGCAGAUGAGUCAUAUAAAGCUUUAAAACUUCUAAGUCAGCAUUCUAUUGAGUAUCAUGACGAUGAGUUAUCUGAAUUGAGAGGGGAGUCAUACAGGUUUGCUGAGAAAAUGUUGCUCUCAGAAAAAUUAGACAUAUCACAUUCUGAUACUGAGGACUCAGUGGCAGACCAGGCACAUAGCGUAGCCACUGAGGUACAAGGGGCAGAAGGCGUAUAUGGAGAAAAAGUAGCUGGCCCCAGGAAGGAGUCCAAAUUAAGGUCAGCAAGGGAUGCAUCAGAAAAAUCAGGUAAAUAUCCUCCACAAGAUGAGCAAUAUGACAAAGUAACAGUACUACAUUAUACCACAGAACCCGGUAGCCCUAAACAUGCAGUCUGGAUGAGAUUCACUCAGGAUAGACAGGACAGGAAUAGAGAAAAACUCAUAUAUGAAGAUAGGGUAGAUCGGACCAUUAAAGAGGCUGAGGAGAAACUGAGUGAGGUUUCACAGUUUUUUAGGGACAAGACUGAAAAGUUAAACGAUGAGCUCAAGUCUCCUGAAAAAAAGAAACCAACAAGAUUGUCACGAGAGACGCAGUCAGGGCCGAGCUCAGCUUGCAGCAGCCCUGAGAAAAAGCAGAAGAGUGCAGCCGAGGAAUGGGACAAAGGCAGACAGAAGAUGUUUGGCAGUGCAAACGAAAGGAAAAGUGCAAGUCUGCCAAGCAGUCCCGAAAGGCAUAUGCUGUCACAGUUCAGUGAGGACAAGCCAAAACAGCAGGAUGAUCCUAAGCAGGCAAAGACAGUUGAUGCAGCCCCCCCCAAUCCCAGUAAGACUUCUAGAGUGAGUUCUGUUCGACAAAAGUUUGAAAUAGAAGCACAGAAACAGGAUCAGAAUGGGCCACUAACACAGUCAAUACAACCAGUUAAAAAACUACCUGAAAGUAAAUUACCAGUAUAUCAGUUUAUCGCUGGUUCAAAACCCUCAAAAGCUGAUUCCACAGAUCAAGGACACCCACCUCCUAGAAAACUAACAGAAACUGAUAAAAGUAAAGUAGCCCCUCACAGUAGCAGUAGUACUGUUGUCUCAAAGCAAUGGAGUGAAAAAUGUUUACCUGAAAUGUCUGCCACAUCAGAUACUGUUGUAAAAAGAGCCUUACUUUUUGAGAAAACUCAAGAGAGCUCUACUAAAGCUCACUCUCAAGAUUUGAAAGAUGAAAAUAUUGCAGACAGGCAUAGUGUAAUUAAUGAUAUUAAAGAGCAGCAUUUAAAAAGUGACAUUAAAAAUGAGACCGUUCAAACAGCUUCCUUGUCUAUUGAUAAUAUCAGUAGGAAUGACUUUCAGAUGAAGACCCUGAAGAAAAAGACAGAAUCUCAUAUUCCUGUAAGAACAUUACCUGGUUCCUCAGAUAAUAGUCAGUCAAAGAAGGCAAGCCAAGACACAUUAACUAAAUUAUCUGAAAAGAGCCCAACGCACAUACCUACCCUGACCAAACCAAGGGUUCAGGGCCGUUCAGAGUUACAGAGAGAGGAAGCUGUAACAAAAAAGUCUGAAGACGUCUCUGUUGAAAGUAGAACAACAACUGACACUAGUUCGGUUGAAAAAAUAUCCACGGUUACAACAAGAGAAAGUUUUAAAGGGCUUAAAACUUUACCAGUCUAUGUAAGUGUUCAAGUAGGGAAACAGUCUGACAAAGAUAUGGGAGGAGGAGGAACCAAUGGAACUUUCAAAAAGAUGGCUGGCUCAGAAACUCGAACAAUUUAUGCAGUUAAACAGAAACAGCCCACAUCUCCUCAAGGCAGCCCAGAUGACGACACUUUAGAACAGUUCUCUUUUAUCGAUAGCUCUGGCAAAAGUCCUAUGACUCCAGAGACACCGAGCUCAGAAGAGGUCAGCUAUGAUCUCACCUCAAGAACCCCCGAUCCAUUUAUCACAUUUAUGCCAGGUAUUGCAAGCCCAAUAGCUGAGGUUUCAGAGGAGUCAGAAGAUAGCGAACAAAUCAGAGCUACUCCUUUGAAAGAAUCUGGUCCAGAAAAAGGAGACAAUGGUAAACAGGAAAUUGGGCAUGAGGCAAAAGACAAAAGAGUUGCAUAUAUAGAGUUCCCUCCUCCACCACCUUUGGAUUCUGAUUCCUCACAGCCUGAGAAAAAAGGGUCGACUCCUUCCUCAGAGGCUGAGACUGAAAUGAUGGAAGUAAAUCUCCAAGAGGAGCAUGAUAAACAUCUUCUUGCCGAACCUAUAAUAAGAGUCCAGCCUCCAUCUCCUGUGCCCCCAGGAGCUAAUGAUAGUGAUUCAAGUGAGGAGGAAUCGGUCUUUAAACCUAUUCCAAUAAAGAAAUAUACCUUUAAGAUUGACGAGGACAAAGAUUUGACGAAAAGCCCAUCAAAAAAACAUGACAAGAAUGGGAAUGAUAAAGAACCAGGGGCAAAUGGUAAUGGAAAAGCAGAAGAUUAUGAUUAUGAACAAAAUGGCAAUGAUCAGUCCAUCACAGACUGCUCAAUAGCGACAACUGCAGAGUUCUCUCAUGACACCGAUGCCACUGAGAUUGACUCUCUGGAUGGAUACGAACUUCAAGAUGAGGAUGAUGGCUUGAGUGAACCUAUUGUCAAACCUUUUGGAUUUCCCAAUGAAAACAGAAAGGAUCUUUGGGCCCCAGAUAAUAUGACUAGACCAAGUGACCGUUGCCAAAGUAAACUUGAAGUAAUUCAAGAAGAAUCACCAGCUGAGGACUGCAAAAAGACCAAAGCUAAGACUGACGCCUCAAACAGAAAGAAUGGAAAGGACAGUGAAAAGGAUGGAAAACAAUCUGAUCAAGGAUUGUCAGAGACUUACUUUAGUUACAAGCUAGAUGAGGAGUUUAAUACUCCGUUUAAAACUGUUGCAACAAAAGGCUUUGAUCCUUGGUCAAGCAGGGGAGGAGAAGACGAAGUAGUGGAUGCUAGAAGUAAAGACGAUGAGCCCAAGCCAUUUGGGCUAGCAGUAGAUGACCGGUCUACAGCAACAACCCCUGACACAACUCCUGCAAGAACUCCAACUGACGAAAGCACACCAACUAGCGAGCCAAACCCUUUCCCCUUCCACGAAGGGAAGAUGUUUGAGAUGACCCGCAGUGGUGCGAUUGACAUGAGCAAGCGGGAUUUUGUUGAAGAGAGGCUGCAAUUUUUUCAGAUCGGCCCUCAGAGCCCCUGUGAAAGAACAGAUGUACGUAUGGCUAUUGUGGCGGAUCAUCUUGGACUGAGCUGGACUGAGCUGGCCAGGGAAAUGGAAUUUUCGGUUGAUGAGAUAAAUCAAAUCCGUGUGGAAAACCCCAACUCAUUGACAGCUCAGAGUUUCAUGCUUUUAAAGAAAUGGGUUAGCCGAGAUGGUAAAAACGCUACAACGGAUGCCUUAUCUGCAGUCCUGUCUAAGAUCAAUCGGUUGGAUAUUGUGACAUUGCUGGAAGGGCCGAUAUUUGACUAUGGUAACAUUUCAGGCACAAGAUGUUUUGCAGAUGAUAGCGCAGUGUCCCAGGAGCAGGCUGAUGGUUACCACAACAUUGAGCUGGAGCUCAAGAGUCCCUCAGAGCUGAACUAUGAGCCCCCUACCCCUCUGCGCCAGGAUGAUUUCUUUAGCGAGGACGGUAGGCUAAAGUUCCCCUCUAGUUCCCCUGUUAGACCCAGUGAACUGUCCUUGCCAACCACUAGUGGCCCAGUGUCUGCAGAUGCCAAGCCGCCUACUGUUAUGGCGGAGGACACCUCUAUUGGAGGCCGAGAGUCUUUUGGGUCAGCUGAAGAUGACUUUGGUGUCAGCAAAGAAUCAGCAGCCCCCUCUGAACAACAUGCCAGUGAGGGAACUUCAAAAGAAUCAGAUGUCUUCCUGAGAAGUCCAGAAAAGGAGCAGAAGGAACCAGAGCUUCUCAUUUGUGAAGCCAGCGAAGCUCCUGGAGACAGUGGCAAGUCUGGGUUUGACGAAGAAGAUGAAGAGAUGACCCAAGAGAAGAUAAAGUCUCUCUUGGAGAACAUUAAGUUGGAGGAAGGCUCAGAGGAUGAGGAGAUGACUGAGGAGAAGCUGCAAGCGAUCCUCUCUCAAGUGCAGCUGGUAGAAAACGACAUGUCUUCAAUUUCAGGUCUGCAGAGUGAGACAUCUGGUGCCAAUGGGAAGACCGCAAUUUCUGGCCAAGGACUAGAUACUGAAACGCAAGGACAAAGAGAGUCCAGCCAAGAACUAAUGUCCUCGACACCUGGAGUGCAAACUGAGAAGCAAAAUGGGGAACAUCCAGAGCUCCAAGCCCAAGCUCGCCUGUCACCAGACGCCAGUGAGUCUUCCAGCAAACCAAAGGGCAAAGUGAGCAGUGAGGCUCUAGAGGAUAGAGGACCAAACAACAGGGAGGAGGACAUUUCCGAGCCUAAAGUCCAGCAGGAAGCUCGUAGAGAUAAUGAAUCCAGCUCUGAUGAGGAAGAAACUGUCACCACCAGAGUGUAUCGGCGAAGAGUGAUUCUAAAGGGUGAUCAGGCCAAAAACAUCCCUGUUGAGACUGUGACAGAGGAGCAGUACACAGAUGAAGAUGGAAACAUAGUCACCAGAAAAGUCAUCCGGAAAGUGAUCCGUCGCACAGCUGGUGUGGAGGAUAAAGGCAGGAGAAAGCAUGGAAAACGUUCCCAGCAGGCCAAUAGGGCCGAGCAGGAGGAAGAAGGGGGCCCCGGGCCCCAUAGAGAGCACACUGAGGCUGGAGAAGGAGGCAAGGGCAUAAAGAAGGAAGGAAGACAACGGGAGAAAAUGGGUCAAUCGUAACAGUUGUGCUCUUUUUGAUCUGAAAGUGUUUCAAAACCAUUUUCCUACAAGGAGGAUCAUUGGAAACGCGCAGGAGGUCAGGGGAUGAAGAUCGUGUGUCUGCAGCUUUCAUAAAAACAAAUGGUUUUCAGUCUGACGACUUUUGAUUUCGCAUGAGCAUGAAAAAAACUUGUUUCUGUCAAUAACACGGAACGACUAAUGGUCGAGAGGACUUUGUUGGUGCAGCGUUUCGAUCGACUGGGGGCGUCCUAUGCGAGACGCUCCACGGCAGCGCCCAAGCACUUCCGUGACCAAAGAGGCCACGAAACUUACUGCAGAUUGACAGAAAAGGAGGGACUCGUUUGAAUCACCUUCUACACUCGCCUUACAUUUUUUUCCUCUCGGACCCAUAAUGUCGGGGUGUAUAAUGCUGUUGGAGCUUAUGAUGUACAUAAAUUACACUGUAUAAAUUCGAAAGUGGCUCACGAUAUUGUUAAUGCACUGGCAAGUGUGUAGGAAUGAACUACCAAUUCUGAUUCCAAUUUUAAGGGAACGCUUCGGUGUAACUUCACAUGCACUUGUAUAAUUAUAAGCAAGAAAAAUGUUUGUAAAUGAAAAAAAAAAAGCCAGCUUGAUUUUAACAACGGAUGUUUCUUUCAAACCUACGGCGGUUUUCGGUGGUACGAACAUUGGAGCCGUUGUAGUUCUGUUCAAAGACUUCUUCAGAGUACUAAUAUUUUCAUGCAUGUGAUUCACUUUAUUUUGAUUUUUCUAAACGGCAUAACACAAGAAAAGGGGAAAUGCUGUUCUGUAUGUAUACACUCACAGCCUUGCUAAUGCUCACGUUUUUUUUAGAAAGAUGACACUAUCACAGCACCAUUGUUCAGCUUCACUAAAAUACACUGUGUCCCAUCACAUCACAGCGGCGGGUUCCCUAUGCAGUUACAGAUACAGAUGAAAUCUGAACGAUCACCGGUAUGCAUCAUGUUGACUGACGUGAUGCACUUUUAACUGUUCUCAUGUGUAUUGGCUCUAAGAUGUAGAAGUCUUUCUGUCAACCUGUCAUUUGUAAUCAUUCUAGCAGUGUAUUACUACUUUUUAAGGCUGCUGUGGUUUUGGGGGAAAUUUUACUUUGAUUUUGGUGCAUUGAGAAAUCACCCAAGCAUUCAUGGAUGAUAGAUCUGGUAACAAACAUAUGUAUGGGAAAAAACAAAAAACAAAAACAAACAUACACUGGAUGAUCAAAUUAAUUAUUUAAGCUUAUAAUAAAUUGUGUUCAAACCCUCA